CAGGACUUAGUAUAACAACUGCUUGUAGUAAUUUCGGUCGGUUGGUUUUGGUUUAUGCACAACCACGCUUUUAAAAUGUACCACCAAAGUGAUCAGAAAAAUAAUGCCGUAGUGUUGGACGUUAUUCCACCUCAUUAUAAUUUGCAUCAUGGACAAACGAGUCCAUCCCAUUCUCCAAAUCAGCAGUACAGCAAAGACUGUUCAAGUCCAGUAAGUCACGAUAUUAAAACUGGUACUCCAACAAGUCCUUCAGCCGUAUCAGAUCCUAAUAUUAGACGAUACCGAACAGCUUUCACAAGAGAACAACUAGGCCGAUUGGAGAAAGAAUUCUAUAAAGAGAAUUAUGUCUCCAGACCAAGACGGUGUGAACUGGCAGCUCAGUUGAAUUUACCAGAGAGUACUAUUAAGAUUCUAGACUAUAGACCAUUAUUACGAGCAUAUUAUUAG